GUGUGCGUGCGUCCCGCUCCGCUCCGCUCCAGCACGGUUCGAGUACAGGCAGGGAGGGAGGGGAGACUUGACGCAUCGGAGUGAGCGAGCAGCACACAGAGGCUUUUCCACUUUCCAAUAUGCAACCCGCGAGACGCCACACCGUCAGCUACUCGUGCUACUGACGCUCAGAGACACAGGGAGACAGAGAGAGAGAGAGGGGCAGGGAGGCAGGGAUGGAGACACAGUAGUGCCGCACAGACGAGAAGAGCGCAGUGAUAACACAAAAGAAGGGAGCAGCGUCUUUUGCGCACAACUCAGACGGGGAGGCUAUCUAUUUUUGGCCGGGAGCGUCGCCGAGACUUGACAGUGAUGUGUGUACGCACAGUUUUGUUUAGUGACAAAAUACGGAUUAAUCUGCGGCCGUGAAUUCUUUGGAGAUAUCACUUCUGCGAGGAAAGAUUGGAAAACCAGAAAGGUGCAAAUCGGAUUCCAUACAUUCGUGAUUGGAUGUGAGACUACUUUGACCCUACAAAAUUGAAGAUGAUGUUGCUAUGGAAACUGCUGCUGCUGCAGUCACUUAUGGGGUGCCUUGCAGAGAGCAGCGUCCUGCAGAGCCCCGUCUUUACCAAGCAACCUGGCAGCAUCGUGUAUCCUGUGGAGAAUGUGGAGAAAAACCGAGAGGUGGUGUUCAGCUGCGAGGCCGAGGGAAGCCCAACUCCCAUGUACCGAUGGAGACUGAACGGCACGGAAGUAAAUCCCAAAACUGGAUCUCACUACAGCCUUUCUGGGGGCAACCUCAGAAUCAGCCAUCUGAACAAAGACCAAGAUGCUGGAACGUAUCAGUGCCUCGCCUCCAACUCUUUCGGGACCAUCGUUAGCCGAGAGGCCAGUCUAACCUUCGCAUACUUGGAAAACUUCAAGACUCAGAGAAGAAGCUCUGUUUCAGUGCGUGAAGGUCAAGGAGUGGUUCUGCUCUGCGGCCCUCCUCCUCAUUCUGGAGAUCUGGUAUUUUCCUGGAUCUUCAAUGAGUACCCGACAUUUGUGAAGCAGGAUACGCGUCGCUUCAUCUCCCAGGAGACAGGGAAUCUGUACAUUGCUAAAGUGGAGCCCUCAGAUGUUGGCAACUACACUUGUGUGGUGACCAACACCGUCACCAAGACCCGUGUCCAGGGCCCGCCCACUCCACUUGUGCUCCGCAGUGAUGCUGUUGCCCCAGAUUUUUCUCACAAUCAACUGAGGAGCCAGACGCUGGUGAAGGUAGGAGGAGACGCGCUCGUCGAGUGCAAGCCCAAGAUGUCUCCUUGGGGUGUGAUCUCUUGGCGGAAGGGCAGCGAACCACUGCAAGAGACCGACAGAAUCUCCAUUCUGGACAACGGUAGUCUGCGGAUAUGGAAUGUGACCAAAUCUGAUGCAGGCCUCUACACGUGUGUGGCAAGAAACCAGUUUGGUGUGGCAAGCAGCACGGGAAGCAUCAUAGUUAAAGAGCCUACCGUCAUCACCACGCUGGCCUCCACGCUGGACGUCACCGUCGGGGAGAGCGUGGUCCUGCCCUGCCAAGUGAGCCACGACCCGUCUCUGGAACUCAAGUUCACCUGGUUCUUCAACGAGCAGCUCAUCCACUUCGGGAGCCACGGUGGAUUCUUUGAAAAAGUGGGAGGCCAUUCGGCGGGAGACAUUAUGAUUCGGAACGUCCAGCUGAGGCAUGCCGGGAAGUACACGUGCGCCGUGCAAACCAAGGUGGACAGCAUUUCCGUGGCUGUUGACUUGGUCAUCAGAGGUCCCCCAGGGCCCCCCACCAGCAUCCAUGUAGAAGGAAUCACUGAUACCACAGCCUCUCUGUCCUGGAGGCCCGGUCCUGAUAAUCACAGUCCAAUUACGGCAUACACCAUCCAAGCCAGGACACCAUUUUCCCUCGGGUGGCAAGCUGUCACCACAGUUCCUGAGGUGGUACGGGGCACCCGGCUGACAGCUACAGUAAUAGACCUGAGCCCUUGGGUAGAGUAUGAGUUUCGAGUCCUUGCAAGCAACUCCAUCGGGACUGGCGAGCCCAGCAAGCCAUCCAAACAAGCAAGGACAAAAGGAACAUCUCCGAAGGUCACACCAGCUAAUGUGAGCGGAGGCGGUGGCAGUCGCUCCGAAUUAGUCAUCACAUGGGAGCCUGUUCCGGAAGAGCUGCAGAACGGACCGGGCUUUGGCUAUGUGGUGGCUUUUCGACCCCACGGCGCCACGGGCUGGAUGCAGGCAGCCGUACCCUCCGCUGAAGCAUCCAGAUACGUCUUUAAAAACGAGAGCAUUCAGCCCUUCUCCCCUUUCCAAGUCAAGGUUGGGGUUUACAACAACCUGGGAGAAGGGCCAUUUGGACCUGUUACCACCAUCUACUCUGCUGAGGAAGAGCCUGGCCGAGCGCCCACCAGGGUCCGCGCCAAGAGCCUCUCUGCAUCUGAGAUUGAAGUUUCGUGGAAAGCUCUGCCCUGGAACGCCAACAAGAAGAGAGUGCUGGGCUACGAGCUGAGGUACUGGAGUAGAAGUGAAAGGGAAGACACGGCCAGCGUGCAAAGGACUGUAGGAAAUCAAACAUCUACUAUUAUUCGCGGGGUGAAAGGCAGCACCGCAUAUUACGUCUCAGUGAGGGCGUAUAACACUGCAGGAACGGGGCCUCCCAGCACCACUGUCAACGUCACCACCAAAAAGCCACCACCCAGUCAGCCACCGGGUAAAGUGGUGUGGAACACGUCGAACUCCAAGAUUAUACUGAACUGGGAGCAGGUCAAAGCCCUGGAGAACGAGUCAGAGGUCACUGGUUACAAAGUGCUGUACAAGAAGAAUCGACACAGUCGCCCCAGCGUCAUGGAAACAAACACCACCUCUGUAGAGCUGGCGCUUCCUACUGACGAGGAUUAUAUUAUCCAGAUAAAGCCAUUUGGUGAGGGAGGGGAAGGCAGCAGUAGCAGGCAGAUCACCAUCCCAAGGAUACCAGGCCCCAACGCAGUCGGCUCAGCAUCCAAGGUCUCCACUCUAUCAGCACUCAGCACAAUAGCACUGUCUUUCACAGCGCGGACAUCUUUAUGACAAACGUCUCGCAGCAGGCGUUGCAUCUGAUGUGAAGACGGCGCUCCGGCAGAACGCAAACAAAGCCCACUCCGGUGUAACUAGAUCCAUUCAUUUAGAUUUUAGAAGCAAAAGGAAGACGCCGAAGGAAAAAAACAACAAAAAAAGACAAAAAAAAAACAAAACGCCAUUGAGAUAACAGGGAAGGGGUCCCCUUCAGCGCCCAGGCUAAGUAAGGGAGAUUGACCGAUGUCGUGACUAUGUUGUUACCAAAGCAGCUUUCAUAAGAAAAAAAUAAUCAGAAAAAAAUGUCUUAUAUGCAUUUUUUUGUAUGACACGUUGAGCUUUUAUAGAUUUUCUUUUCUUAAAUAAAUUUAAAGUCUGUCUGGGCAUAUUGGGUCAAAACAUCUGCAUGACAAGCAACAUCAUCAAAUUUUCCAGUCUGGAGGUGAAGAAUGUGAUUUGACAGAUCACCCUUUGUCUUCUAAAAUACGAUACUACUUGUGACUUUGGGGUUUUUUUUUUUCUUCAUUUCUGUUUCUGCACUAUUUUUAAAAAAAAAAAGAAAAAAAAAAAGCUUGUCUCAAAGGACUGCAUCGACAGCUUUGGCAUAUGCUGCUAUUAAUCCCAGUUUGUAAAGAGACAACUAGCAUUAGACUUUACAUGUUAAUGCUUUAUCAUUCUAGGAAAGUGGCUUUGGGUCAUCUUGAUAUAUCAGAUAAUCCAAAUAGGCACUAAGCUUGGAAAGUUUUGUCAAAGCAGUCACAUGAAAUGUGAACACUGAAAGCGUUAUGAGUUGCAAUCAUUCCUCCUGUCCAAAGAUGGCAUAGCUCCACUGCAGCCUCAUGUUAGCUUAAUCUACACUUGUGCUAAAGUUCAACAUGAGGUUCUGGUCUUGGUUGUGCCGUGCUCAGACCACACAAUUAUUUUAAUAAACAUGCUCAGUGUGUCAUGUUAAAAGAUUCCAACAUCAGAUGUGCUUAUAUGUUCAGAACAUAUUUGGAGGGCUAAAUUAUCAGCAAAAGCUAGCUUGAUUAGCAAGCAAACCUAAAGUGUACAAGUAUAACGCCCCUGAAACUGACCAAAAUUAAACUAUAACUACUUGGACAAGCUGUACCUCACAGCAAGUAAGUUAUAGCUUGUAUCCCAACUGUAUCCUUUUUUUAUGAUAAUCCUACUCAGAAUUCUCUCAAAACCCACCAACACCUCAAACAUGGUUGAGGAAUCCAGUUCAGUGACUGAAUUAGCGAAGGUGGAGGCUAACUGGCUGCUUGGCCAGGCCACAUCCCUAACUUUAAUCCAGAAACAAACUCCAGACAUGUAAGCUAUGAAAAUAGUUUGCCCCAAAUACAAUUUUUAUAAACUGUAUAUACCAAGCUUUUUUAAAUAGCAGCUGUAAAGACGUUAAUUGAAUCACUCUAGUUGAGCAUUUUAACACAAAAGUCUAUUAGAACGUACUGUCUUUUGGAAUCAGCCUCAAAUGACAAUUGAAGGAUUUGCAUGUUGGUUGUAAGCUGUCCAAUAUGCAGCAAUAGUUUUUUGUCAGCUCUCAUUCACUCAACUGGCUAAAACAUGCCUCAUAAGCUUGCUACAUCAUUCUGGCCAUGGUACUUUCACGCUAAUAUCCAAUAGUCUUAACCUAGCACUGACUAAAUGUUUUUUUGAUGUGCCAGUUCCCCUGUUUGUGUCGCCUUGCUGUGCUACAGCAGUUUUACUGCUAUGAAGACAGAACAAACCUCCACGCUAAUAGUUGGACUUUGCUAACUGUAGAAUGCUAAAAUGUCACAUAUGUUUCUGCUGAACUCUAGAACUCAGUCUCAGACCACAGAUCAUACUGCAAUUGCACUUGGAAGAGAUUUUAAACAGCCGGUACGGACAGAAGGAAUGAUCACAGGGAGCAAUAACUGGUUUAUUUGCAUAGCGUGAGUCUAAAUCCCAUCAUCCUCGAUGCUAAAGCAUUAGCAUAUUAGCAUGCCACGUUUUUGGUGCCAGUCCCUUGAGGGGUCGGGUUACCCAACAGCUCCCAAAAUGUCGAUGAAGUACUUAAAGCCAUCCACGUGAUAAUUACCGACUUUGUAACCAGAUGUAACAUCGAGCUAUCGUUGAAAGCUUCUCCCUUGGGUUCCUCUAUCAUGGCCGUUUAACAGCAAUGGGAACCGGGCCCUUGUGGCUGUCUCAUGCUCCUCAUUCUUUAAGUUAGCCCUGUGUCUAGAGCUAUUCUUUGCCUUCUGUGUGCCUCAUCAUAUGUUCAAAAUCCUCAGGUCCUUAAAGAGCCUUAACUUAUCAUAUGUAUAUCAAAAACAUUAGAAACAUAGGACUAUGAAGCAGCCGUGGUGAUGUUUACAUGCAGCUUUGUGGAUAGAAAACUGUAUGUAGUGAGGGGGGCCAGCAUCCUUUUCCUGAUGUUACAGAGGUGAAUUUGAAUGGCAUUCUGCUGUUUCGCAUGGGAUAUUGGCAAUAUAUGAGGCCUGGUGCAUUUUUAUAGGUGUGUAUUCUUAAUAAAAAAGACAAUGCUGCUGAUCUUUUCCUUUUUCCCAUCGUCUCCUGAUGCCAUGUGGGGCUGCUGUGCUACGCAGAGUACAGUGCAGUCUGUAUGUAGCUUGUAAUCCAGUUAAGUAGUUUGUAGUACGUUGAAGGGAAGUGUACUGUAGGCUACUGGGUCUUGCUCAGAAUCAUGCAUUGAGAAAUGUGUAAUAUACUGUUUUGUACACUUCAGAUCAUUUAUAUAAAAGAACCUUUCUAAAGAGAUGAUUUACUUGGUUUUUAUGUAUCAACUCUGUUUCAUACUGUAGCUAACUGUUGCUCAGCAUGACUGUAAUUUGUCCUCUCUUACGUCCAUUUGCAAAACUGACUGAAUGGCUUAAGGUUCGUGCAUCUGAUAAGUUUGUGUAUACUGUGCGUGUACCAUGAAAACUGAACCACGAUCAGCCCAAUGUCUAUGCUUCUGUCUCAGUCAGCCCCUCUGAGAUGUGCUGGGUCUUCUGCUCAUAUACGCGCCACAGGAGAGUUUCUUCUGUUGCUGUUUGUUGUUUAUACUGUGUUAAUAAAGAUUACCGAUUUAUAGAACAAU